GCUGGCUCCUGACCCCUGGGUGCUGGGGGAUUGUUGCGUCUGUUUCCCGGACCUGGGACGGUGAGGGCUUGGCGGGCUCUUAGGUUCCCACUGGUCUCCUGCAAGAUGACGGCGUCCUACGCGCCACGCACAGCCCAUCCCUGCCGCCUCCAGAAGCGCUUUUCUUUUUUGUGUUGUUUUGGGAUCCCUUUGAUGGUCUCAGUGCUCCUGAUACCCAAGCCCUCUGAUGCCUGUGAUGCUCCUCCGAGAUACAGCUCUAUGAAGCCAAAUGUUACUAAACCCAUUUAUAAUCCUGGGGACAGAGUAUACUUCCAGUGUCGACCAGGAUACAAGUUUAUGUCACCUUCUCAUUCCGUAUUUUCCGUUUGUCAGCAUGAUAACACAUGGACACCUCUCAACGAGGCUUGUACAGAAAAAUUAUGUCAACAUCCAGGAGAACCUGUAAAUGGCCAGGUAGUCGGUGUAAAUGGAUCUUUUAUCUUUGGUUCACAAGUUCAUUAUUCUUGUAAUGAGGGCUUUCGGUUAAUUGGAAAAAGAAUUCUAUAUUGUGAACUUUCUAGUAAUGACGAAAAUACAGUGACUUGGAGUGAUGAUCCCCCACUAUGUGCAAAGAUAAUGUGUCCGUCACCUGGAAAAAUACCAAAUGGAAAACAUACCAGUAGUGAGAAGGAUGAAUUUGAAUAUAAUGAAGUGGUAACUUACAGUUGUGAUCCUUCAAGUGGACCAGACGAAUAUUCACUUAUUGGAGAGAGGAGGCUUAUUUGUUCUGGUGAUGGUGUAUGGAGUAGUGACCCUCCUCAGUGUAAAGUCGUCAGAUGUCCAUUUCCGGACCCUGAAAAUGGAAGACUGAUAUCAGGAUUUAGAAAGAAAUACUACUACAAAACAAUAGUCAAAUUCGAGUGCUUACCGGGGUUUUACCACGAGGGCAGCAGCAUAGCUGUUUGUGGUAGUAACAGUACUUGGGAGCCCGCACAGCCAAUGUGUCUUAAAGUGCUUACUCCUCUUAGUACCAGUCCUCCGAUUUUGAAUCAUACAGUGUCGCCUCCUCCCAGUACAAAACCUCCAAUUUCAAGUGUCUCAGAAUCCAAGACUCCUCAUACGACUACACCUCCGAGUUCAAGUCAUCCAGGACCUCCCCCAAGUCCUGGUGAUGAAUCAACACCUGAAGACACUGAGACUUUAGGCAACGGAACCACCGCUGCGAUUGUUCUUUCUGUUCUUGCUGGCCUUGUACUACUUGGCUGCAUCCUGUACACAUUUUAUCGACACAAGAAGAAAGGCACAUACCAAACUGGUGAGAGCCACAGAGAAGUAAAAUUUAAUUCUCUCUGAGAAGAAGAGAUGAGAGAAAGGUUUGCUUUUAUCGUUAAAAGGGGAGGAAACAUGACGGCCGAAUACAGUGCUUGCCAGGAUAAGUCAGCUACAUCAGCAGAGCACUAACUGGUUUCUCCACACCGGUUUAUCCUUUGAGAUCUACAAUAAAUUCACACAGCUUCUAUGGAAAACAGUAUAAAUGUUCCUCAAAAAAUUAAGAAUAGAGAAUCACCAGAUGAUCCCGCAAUUCCACUCAUGGGUAUAUAUCCAAAGGAAACAAAACAACUGUGUAGUACUCUGUUUACUGCAGCAUUAUUUACAAGAGCCAAGAGAAAGAAACAACCUAAGUGUUCCUGGAGGGAUGAAUUCUGAAAGAAAACGUGCUAUGCAAAUAUGGCAGCAUACUCUUCAGCCAUAAAAAAGAAGGAAAUCUUGCUGUUGAGGACAAAAUAUAUGGACACUGGGCAUUUUGCUAAGUGAAAUAAAAGUCAAAGAGAAAGACAAAUACUGUAGGAUCUUACUUAUUGUAGAAUCUAAAAACAAACGAACAACAAAAAACUCCUAGAAACAGAAACCAGAUUGGUGGUUGCCGGGGGGUGGGGGGCAGAAUUGGGUGAAGGGGGUCAAGGGGACAAACUUCCAGUUUUAAGAUUAGUAAAUACUGGGGUAGAAUUAAUGUGCAGCCUGGUGACUGUCAGCAAUGCUGCUAUAUUGUAUAUUGGCAAGUGGCUAAGAGUAGAUCUUAAAAGUUCUGAUCAGGAAGACAAAAAUUUUUGUCACUGAGGUGCUAUCAACUAAAUUCACUGUGGUGAUCAUUUCUCAAUGUAUACGUUAUCAAUUCAUGCUAUACACCUUAAAUAUAUACAGUGUUGUAUGUCAGUUACAUCAAUAAAACCAGAAGGGGGAAAUAUCUACAAAAAUUAUUGUCUAGGUUUUUUUUCACUCUUAUGAAUGCAACCAAAUAAGCCAUAAUGCUAGCAUUUUAAGUGGUUUGAAUGUACUCACCGUCCUUGGAUGCUGCUUUAAACAGUGUAUGAAUUUGGGUAUGAACCUCUGGCCUGUUUUCCCUUGAAUAACACUUGCAUUUAUAGGACAACUGGACACAGUAUCCCUGGCAGUAUUUAGGUGGGAAGAUAAUUUUUUUUAAUGAAAUACCCAAAUUUAGAAAAUCAUUGUGCAAGAUAAAUUACAUUUCAUUUGUAAAGAAGGAGAUUUUGAAAUCCUUUUUGUUCAAAGAUUGAGAAGUCUUGAUUCAUUCUUUCAACAACUCUAAAAUGUGUUUUAUAUAUUGUUUCGUGUAAAAAGCCUUACAAAUAUGUGUAUUCUACUUCUGCCCUUAACGUUAAAAACAGGAACACUGAAAACUGGGAUUUUGAACAAGUUUGGCUUCCUUAACUAAGAAUAUUAUUGGAAAAUACUCUAAAUGGGGUAGAAUUCUGUAUGUUUUUUUUUUUUUUUAACUAUUUGUAAUUUCUUGGUGAUUUAAGGAAGCUAUAAAGUGUAUGGUAUUUGUGCUUCACUUUUUAAAACAUCGAUAAGCAGUCUGCAUGAGGGAUUCAAAAUCUAUUGCAAACUCCUGAACGACAUCAGGGAGCCCUCGCUCUCGUAGCAAGAAUUCGCCCGCUGGUGCUAGAGUGAACACUGUGGCCUUGCAGUUUCCCUAAGAGGAUUCUGCUCUUUGGGAAAAUUAGAUUCCACUCCGAAUUCUGGCAAUGGGUCUUCUCCCCGUACUUGAAUAAAGAGAGGUCUUACUUUAGACAACGUCGUGUAAACGGGGUGAGUUUUGCAGGAAUGUAUCCAUCAGAUAAGCUCAGGUUGUAUCAGAAUCUGAGUGUUUAGUUGCAUCUCACCUUAUGUGCUGACAGCAGAGUAAAAAUUAAGCCACAUAUUUCAGAGAAGGAAACGGUGCCUGCCGUUGCUCGUGCAAAGGGACAGAAAAAACCAACAGCUGAGGUAGCACCGAAUGCUCAGCUGGGACAGACUGUGGCCUCUGCGUCCUCACCCCAGGCAGGGUCUCCUUCGGAGAAGCCCAGGGGGGACGGCCACUCGAACUCCCAUGACACUUUUACAAGUUUCGUUUUGCACUUUUCCGUUCAGUAGCGCAAAUUAGGCCAAAGAAACGUUGCCCGGAGAAGGAUAUGGUUGGGAAUCAAGCGUGGACCAUGUUUGUGAUGCACUGUAAGUGUUCCUUCCCUGUGGGAUCCGGGGGGGACUUGGGGAAGAUGAGCUUGAGCAGAAGCAGGAAUUCAGAAUUCAGUACGGAGGUGAAGCUGUACCAGCCCCACUGUCGUAUACUUUUCAGGGACGUAGCACUUGCUUCGAAGCGAGGGAUGGCUGUACUGUUUAUUUUAACCAGCCGAACUGAAUAUUUGCCAACCAAAGAUUGUUAGGCUUUCGAAAAUAAAUGGACUUGUAUAGUAGUUUCUGCUUCAAAUUUAGUUUUUUCAUUUUAGUAAAUUUAUAUGGGAAAUUGAUACAAAUGUGUAAAUAUAAAUUACGCUCUUUGUCUAACAACUUGUCAAUUACCUAACAUAAGGGAAAACAGUUUUCUCUAGGAAAGUUUCUGUAACGACUUAAAAAAGCAUAUGUAUAUUUAAAAGUUUGUUAAAACUGUAAGAAUGUAUUUGCAGUGAAAUGAGAAGUCCCAUGUAUCGGGGUCUGUAUUGCUCAUUUUGUAUUGAAGGUUCACCGGACCUUCAAAUGUUGUAAAAAAUAAAAUGUAGAUUGGAGAAUU